AUGAUGCCCUAUAACACCCCUCCAAGUAUCCAAGAACCUAUGAAUUUUGCAGGUAACAACACCUUCAAUAUCAUUCCAGAUACGCUGACUUUCCAGAAUUUCAAAUAUGAUCGUCUUCAGCAACAGCAGCACCUGCAGCAGCAACAGCAGCAACAGCAGCAACAGCAACAACAACAACAACAACAACAGCAUCAGAGUGCACCUCUCUUGCAACAACCUCAACAGCAACAACCAAUAAGCCCGCCCUUGUUCUUGGCAGGUGCCAGCUCAAACUCAAACCUCAAUAAAAAUGCCAGUACUAAUACUGUCCCCCCACUACUCUUUAGCAGAUCACCUCAGAAUUAUGUUGUGCCAGAUAUAGAUCAUUCCUCCAUAAUAUACAAGAACAACAUCUGCAAAUCUUUCAAAGAUGACUUAUUCUUCUGUCCAAGGUCAUUGCUUUCUUUGGAAGAACAACAAGCAUGCGAAAAAAUGGAUAGAUUGACUGCUGAACAAAUGUCAUUGCAUCACCAGAAUCCGCAUUCCAGUUCUGCCCCUGGUUCCUUGUCUUCUUCACCGCCAAAUUCUGCGUCUUCUAUAUUCAACUCGAGACCGAAGUUCAACCCUUAUACUUCUCAAAGUUUCAACCCUUUGGAAAGUGUUCAAGAAUGA